CGUACUAGAGAAAAACCAUUUUCUCCCAAGCACUACUGCCUUUCACUAAAUCGCCCCUGGUUUCACUAUCACAGUAAAACCCUCCUUGUUAUAAAUUGUCCUUCUUUCAUCUCCUUUGGAAACAAACAAAACCCAUCAGUUUCUUUUCAUCAAACAAAAUGCUUUUAUAUUUUUUCUUCAUUACAUUUGUCAUCAAAUUUAUUCAGAUUCCUUACAAUCAACCAUGGACACAAAGAUUGGAUCACUUGACACCUGCAAGCCUUCCUGUAAUGACUUGGCUUGCCCAGCAAACGGGCUUGUUUCAACCAUCCAAAGCUCUGUUUCACCGUCCUCAAUAGUCAACCCGUCGGAGUCGACUCUCGGUCGCCACCUCGCUCGCCGACUCGUUCAAGUUGGUGUCACCGACGUGUUCUCUGUCCCCGGUGACUUUAACUUGACUCUUCUUGACCAUUUAAUCGCUGAGCCCGGGCUUAACUUGAUCGGCUGCUGUAACGAACUGAAUGCUGGGUAUGCCGCAGAUGGGUACGCGCGGUCGCGAGGUGUCGGCGCGUGUGUGGUUACUUUCACCGUCGGUGGUCUUAGCGUCCUCAAUGCCAUUGCUGGAGCUUACAGUGAAAAUUUGCCUCUGAUUUGUAUAGUUGGAGGGCCAAACUCAAAUGAUUAUGGAACCAACAGGAUCCUUCAUCACACUAUUGGAUUGCCUGAUUUUAGCCAAGAACUCAGAUGCUUCCAGACUGUUACGUGCUUUCAGGCUGUGGUGAAUAACUUGGAAGAUGCACAUGAAUUGAUAGAUACUGCGAUAUCGACUUCUUUGAAAGAAAGCAAGCCUGUUUAUAUCAGUAUCGGUUGUAACUUGCCUGCGAUUCCUCAUCCUACUUUCAGCCGUGAGCCAGUUCCAUUUGCACUUUCUCCCAAAUUGAGUAAUAAGAUGGGCUUGGAGGCUGCAGUUGAGGCAACAGCAGAAUUCUUGAACAAGGCAGUGAAACCAGUGUUGGUUGGUGGACCUAAGCUGAGAGUUGCCCAGGCAUCUGACGCUUUUGUUGAGCUUGCUGAUGCUUGUGGUUAUGCCCUUGCGGUGAUGCCUUCGGCAAAAGGGCUAGUGCCAGAGCAUCAUCCCCAUUUUAUUGGAACUUACUGGGGUGCAGUGAGCACAGCUUUUUGCGCUGAAAUUGUGGAAUCUGCAGAUGCUUAUUUGUUUGCGGGACCUAUAUUUAAUGACUAUAGCUCUGUUGGAUACUCUCUUCUUCUUAAGAAAGAGAAGGCAAUCAUUCUCCAGCCUGACCGUGUUGUUAUUGCGAAUGGGCCUGCAUUUGGGUGUGUUUUGAUGAAGGAUUUCCUGAAAGCACUUUCAAAGCGGCUCAAGCGCAACACUACUGCUUACGACAAUUACCACAGGAUUUAUGUUCCUGAAGGGAUUCCUCUGAAGUGUGAACCUAAAGAGGCACUGAGGGUGAAUGUUCUGUUCCAGCAUAUACAGAAGAUGCUGUCUAGUGAAACUGCUGUGAUUGCUGAGACAGGGGACUCUUGGUUUAACUGCCAGAAACUUAAAUUGCCUAAAGGAUGCGGGUAUGAGUUCCAAAUGCAAUAUGGAUCAAUUGGAUGGUCAGUUGGUGCAACUCUUGGGUAUGCACAGGCUGUGCCUGAGAAGCGUGUAAUUGCUUGCAUUGGUGAUGGCAGCUUCCAGGUGACUGCACAAGAUGUAUCAACAAUGCUGCGAUGUGGGCAGAAGACUAUCAUCUUCCUGAUUAACAAUGGUGGUUAUACCAUUGAAGUUGAGAUUCAUGAUGGACCUUACAAUGUGAUAAAGAACUGGAACUACACUGGAUUGGUUGAUGCAAUCCACAAUGGCGAGGGCAAGUGCUGGACAAAAAAGGUCCGCUGUGAGGAGGAGUUGAUUGAAGCAAUAAAGGAGGCAACUGGACCAAAGAAGGAUUGCUUGUGCUUCAUUGAGAUAAUUGUUCACAGGGAUGAUACCAGCAAAGAGUUGUUGGAAUGGGGUUCCAGGGUCUCGGCCGCCAACAGCCGCCCACCAAACCCGCAGUAGAAUUGUGCUUGUAUAGCCAAGUGAAUACUAUUACCCACCAGUCCUAAUUAGUUGAGUGGUACCUUAUGUGUUACUUGAGUUUUAGUUUCGUGAACGGUUUACUUCAUUUGCCAGGUGCUGUUGUUUUUGCGGGUAUAUUUCUUUUUAAUCAAAGUACUGAAUCAUUUGUUCUUCAUU